UUCAUCUGUCCGCUUAUUUCAAAGAUGGACUCCAGCUCUGUUUACGCGCUGUCAGCGGGCUUUCUGGCCGCUGCUGGGUCUCUGUCUGCGAAGCUGACCCUCGGCGCGGACUACUUGAGGGAGAUGUGUGAGUCCGGCCUGAGCGGCUGGACGCAGGGUCCCGGCGGAGACACACGGUGUGACUGGCUCCAUGUCCCCCUUCGGCUGUUGUGUGGAGUCCUGCUGCUCAGUUGUAACACUUUAAUGUGGACGAUGUUCUCCAAGGCUCUCCGUCACGGCUCUUCUUCAGCAGGGGUCACUGUUACCACCACCGCCUCCAACUUCAUCUCUUCUGCUGUCAUUGGGAGGCUCAUCUUUGGUGAGAGUCACAGCACCCUCUGGUGGACGGGCAUCUCUCUCACUCUCUGUGGACUGCUGGUGCUGCACAGUGCGACUCCUCAAACGUCCCCACAAGAGGUUGAGAAAAAGGACAAGUGAUGGAUCAGGGAGGGGAGACGUUCGUCAAACUUCUCACUUUACUUUAAAUUGCGCAUAUUGUUGGACAAACCGAGGCAAGCCAGGAAGCAUUCAACAUCUAGAAUUGGUUUCAGUGGUUUUCAGAAGACUUGUUUUCCAAGAGACGGGCUGGUUCCAGUGUCUUAUCCCAUGUUUGGACUGAGCUGUAAGGUAGGAAUGGUAAGGAAUGUCUCUGGUCUCUAGCAUGAGACAUGUUUCAUGCACUAGUAUGAGACACGGAAUGAUGUCUGUCUCCCAAUCAAUGGACUGGCUUGUAUGAUGCUUGUUAGCUGUGGGUCUAUAGAGCCUUCAGUUUCCAUUGUCUGUUACAGUGGAAACAGACAAAAUGCCUACAGGACCGCUCCGACCCGUUUCUCUACAGCUCAGUGGAAACAAGGAUUUUAGAGCUUUAAAGCCCUUUAAAUCCUGAUCAGUAAAAUUAGAUUAUAUUUUCUGUUGACUUGGACUUGUAAGGUUGUGGCUGAUGUCUCUAAUCAGUGAAUACUUGUAAAUAUUAAAUAGUUUUGAAUAAAAUAAAUUUAUACUUGA